AUGGCAGUUGACGCCCCGGUGGCUGAGGAGGAGAGUGAAAGCACUAAGCUGGCAAAGGGGCUUAUCAAACCAGAGCCUUCAAAGUACACAAGGGGGUCUGAGGAACAUUUCACUGCGACGGCCGCACAGUUUCUCAACAUAUAUGUGGGGCUAAUGCCACAGCCAGAGACGGAUGCAGCCUUUGUCAAAAUGAUCCAGGAAAGCUGUUUGGGGCCGAGCAAUGUUAAGGGAGUUCCGGCCAAGAAUGCUGUGCUUAUAUAUUGUGACAGCCAGCUGAUUGGGGAAAGCUUGAAAAGACCAUCAACCCGACUACCACCCAUUGAAGACAACCUGCUGCACACCUUGAUUGGAAAUGCCUUGAAGGCACGUGGGUCAACUCCAAUCGGGAAGGGCAACACACAGGUUGACUGCCCGAUUGAGGGGGACAUUGUCAUUGUCAAUGAUGGUGGGCGAGGCAAUGAUCUUUGCUUGGCACCGUUCCGAUCUGCCAAGACCCGGGGAACUCGAGGUGUGAAUGGUUACCUGGAAAUUUUUGAUCUCAACGUGGUGAUCAGCCAGGAUUCGAUCAAGUCCAAAAAGAAACGGAACAGAGGAUCAGUGAACCAAAUCCAGAGGUUGUCUUUUAUCACCCGAGAAUGUCUGGACCGGAUGGUCCCAGAAAGGAAGCACGACAAGUUCACUGGGUCGAACAGAGGCAACGUCCUUGCUUUUGUUGGGCUGGCAUCUUCUGCUCAAACCUGGCACACAACCGUUGAGGACAAGAAGGAAAUCUUCAAGAACAAGAUCUUUGGCACCUCCGGCGGUGGUGAACCUGAUGAUGACAACAACGAGGAACCGGAGGCGGCGGAGCAGGAGGAAUUGGCUCGGAAAGACACUGAUGUGGAGCCUUGCUUCUACCACUUUUUGCCCAAGAAUUUGUUUGACACAAUUUUGUCGUCAUGGAGCAUAUCGGCUGUCCUAGACUUGACGCCGGGGCAGGGAGAGUUGGCCAAAAGUGCCAUUGAGAAGAGGUUGGCUUACUAUGGAGUAUGCUUGAGUGAGCGGCAUUCAGCCAUGAAGAAGCGCAAAGCUGAUGAAGGUGACGACGGCAGCGAUGGUGAGAAGAUCGAUGAAGCCAAGCCCAAAAAGCCUAAGACGAAGAAGACUAAGAAGGAGGGUGACGAAAACGCCACCCCCACCGUCAAGAAAGUUAAGCAGGUGGAAUUGUGCAGCGAUGAGGACUCUGAGAGCCGUGAGAAGUGA